AUGUACUUCACUGUAACUAUUUUGUUGAUAGCUUUGACGCUUGGUGAGAUUAUUGGUAAUUUGUGGACAGAAUUCGCUUGGGCACCACAGUUGGCAGUUUACCAGGCAUUAACUGUCAUUUUGUUGCUUCCGUUGCAGUUAAGUGUGGAAAGAGUACAUGAAACAAUUAAGCAGCGUCGUUCGGAUUUGUAUGUCAAAAUUUUCUUUAUUGGUUUUUCUAUGGGGCGUUUAUGUGAUUACAAUUUAAUGCUUAAUGCACCGAAGAUUAUUUGUCCUAUGGCUUUUUGUAUUUUGAUUGAUAAAUUUGGAGUUUUCAACAAAGAUGAUGAUAUAGAUCUUCGACAAAAACAAUCUCAUUGUUCUUCUCCAAUUCGUUUCUUUAAUAGGCAAGAAGAAUCUCGAUUGGAUUUAUUUAUUGGACUUGCAUUAACUGUUAAUGGGAUAGUUUGGAUACUUUUGUUGUUAACUGCUCGAAUUUCUUUCUUCUGUUUUUUUCUUUCAUUUAUAUGUUGUGGAAUUAAUCUAAAGGUUCUAUUUAUUCAUUUCCAGCUAUUCUAUUAUGGUCUUAAUCAACUUUUGCAAGAAAAUUCUACAAUUCAGCGACCUAUUUGGAGUUUUGGUGCCACUAAUCCAUGGUUGGCUAAUGCUGAUCUUGUUUAUGUAUUUUGUGUGCUUGCAUUCGAUGUGUUUGUUUCUGUUAUCUAA